CCAGCAGGCCCCGGCCUCGGCCCCCGGCCCGGCCCGGCCAUGAAGUUCCUGUACAAGGAGGAGCAUCCGUUCGAGAAACGUCGCUGCGAGGGCGAGAAAAUCCGGAAAAAGUACCCGGACCGAGUCCCGGUGAUCGUGGAAAAGGCGCCCAAGGCUCGAAUUGGGGACCUGGACAAGAAGAAAUAUCUGGUGCCCUCCGACCUGACAGUGGGGCAGUUUUAUUUCCUGAUCAGGAAGAGGAUUCACCUGCGGGCCGAGGACGCUUUGUUCUUCUUCGUCAACAACGUCAUCCCCCCGACCAGCGCCACCAUGGGACAGCUCUACCAGGUCCGAAACACCCCAAAACACCCCGAAACGCCCCAAAAACGCCCCAAAACACCCCGAAACACCCGGAAACGCCCCAAAAUACCCCCAAAA